GAUGAGGCGAAAGGCAGGCGUUGGUGCUAUUCAAAAACAAAAGCUGGAGCGAGAAAAAUAUAGAGAUAAGGGAACUGAGAUUCAAGAAAAUCAGUUUGAGCAAAUGACAAAGCAUAUGGAAACAUUUCGCGUGAAUUUAGAAGAAUUCGCCUCAAAGUAUAAAAAUGAAAUUAAGAAGAAUGCACGCUUUCGGCGGCAAUUUACUGAAAUGUGUGCAUCAAUAGGUGUAGAUCCUUUGGCCUCGGGUAAAGGAUUUUGGUCAGUUCUUGGCAUAGGAGAUUUUUAUUAUGAACUUGCUGUUCAAAUUGUCGAAGUUUGUAUGGCUACAAAUUAUAAAAAUGGUGGAUUGAUAUCAUUGGACGAACUUAGGACAAGAUUGAUACAAGCCAGAGGCCGUAGGAAAGAACACCAAGAGAUCACAAAUGAGGAUUUAUUAGCUGCAGCCAAAAAAUUACGAAUUUUUGGAAAUGGAUUUUCUAUUGUUCCAAUUGGACGUGGCAAGCAUUUAGUACAAUCUAUUCCUGGUGAAUUGAGUAUGGACCAUACUGCUGUGUUACAGCAAGCUAGUUUAUCUGGAAAUGCAUAUAUUUCAAGAAAUAUGCUGUGCAAGGAGUUAAAAUGGGAACCAGAUAGAACACAAAAAGCCUUGGACCACAUGGUAAAAGAAGGACUGGCAUGGUUAGACGAACAAGGUGAAAAUGAAAUAUUAUAUUGGUUUCCUAGUUUAUUUACAGCCUGCAUUGUAUCCAAAGAGUAAGCACAAUAUUGACUUUACUAUAUAUAGAUAGACAGUGUUUAAAAAAAGGAUAUCUGUAGCAUAAAAUGUAUUUUUAUUGUGAAUAAAUUUACAUAUUCCUGUAAUAUGUACAUGAUGAAA